AUGGCCAUCGGAAUUUCUGUCUUCAUCGGCAUCUCUACAGCAAUUUGGUUGAUUGUCGGAUGCGGUGGAAAGAAGAAAAAGAAUGCACCGAAGGGUGCGGGUGGGGCAAAGGCUCCAACACCACCUGCUCCACCAGCAGCUCCGAAAGCGGAUAGUAAGAUGAAGGCUCCAGAAGAAAAGGAGAAAUCAAAGAAGAGCGAGAAGAAGGAUGAACCGAAAAAGGAAGAAGAAAAGAAGGAGAAAUCGAAGAAAAGUGAGAAAAAGGAUGAUAAGAAGGAGGAAAAGAAAGAAGAGAAGAAGGAAGAAAAGAAGGAAGAAGAGAAGAAGGAGAAAUCGAAGAAGAGUGAAAUGAAGGAUGACGAUAAGAAGGAUGACGAUAAGAAGGAUGAGGAGAAGAAAGAUGAUAAGGAGAAGAAGGAUGAGAAGAAGGAGGAUGAGAAGGAUAAGGAUGAUGAUAAGGAUGAUAAGAAGGAAGAAGAGAAAAAGGAGGAAAAGAAAGAUGAGAAGAAAGAGGAGAAGAAGGAAGAAAAGAAGGAAGAAGAAAAGAAAGAAGAGAAAAAAGAAGAGAAGAAGGAGGAGGAAAAGAAGGAGGAGAAAAAAGAAGAAAAGAAGGAAGAGGAGAAAAAAGAAGAGAAGAAAGAAGAGAAGAAGGAUGAGUUGAAGCCACACGUCACUGUCGAGCCGGCUGGCGAUUUGGGAUUCCAGGCUGAUCAACAAGAGCAGAAGAAGAUCACACUCACGAAUACGCAUGAUAAGAAAAUUAUGUUCAAGAUUAAGACUUCUGAUAAUCUUGUUUACCUUGUGAACCCAGUAUUCGGAACAAUUGAACCAGGAAAGACUGCUGAAAUCACAGUUACUCGUAACAAAGCACCAGGAAAGGAGGCGAAACUUGUCAUUGUUAACAGUGUGUUCUCCGGAGACGACAAGGACUUGGCGAAAUCAUUCAAGACGGCGAAGCCAACUGGAGGACAAGUUACUGUGAAGAUCGCUGCCAAGUAA